AUGGCACAGCCAGGAUCUCCUCAAUCUUCGGAUGCCGCUGAUAGCAAUUCUACGUUUGAAAGCUUUAUUGCGCCACGAGAGCAAACUGCACAAGCUGGAUUUACUCAAUCUACUUUUGAUGGAGGGAACAAUAACUACACCAUGGAGCGAGACAUUUCGACGCGACAUGCGAUGGGGGCUGCCCGUCCCCAAUCUGCAAAUGGUUAUACCGACGACUAUACUGUUGGCGACCCUUAUUAUAGCAAUCAAGAUGUUGCAAUUCUUCACGACAUCGUACUUCUUGCGCAAGAAUUCCUUCCUACCCUCCCAGAGCGCGAACAACUACCAACGAACGCGCUCUUCAAGGCUUAUUACGAUAUUCUUCCUCGCCUUGGUCUUGAUGUUGAUCAUGACAAUCGCUUUGCGCGAAUACUAUUCAAAAUUGGCGGACUGCGCGGUCAUGGAACUUUGCGCGAAAGAUUUGUGGAAGUGCUUGGGAAGAUGGGCAUUGAAGUCGCUUUCGACGACGAAGCGUCAAACGCAUCCGAUUUUGGAGAAGAAACCGACUUACCCUCUGCGAAUACUGAGGAGCCUCUGGGGAAGGAUAAGGAUGCUACCAUCGAAGCCACUCCAUCACCCGAAGAAUCAUCUGUCGGCACGACCGACGCUGCCACUGAGCAGGAGCUUCCGCCUGUAGAAUCCACAAACGCAACUACCGAUGAGGACGGACCGCUUCAAAACGAAGACCAAGACUCGGAUGACGAGUACCCAGGCGAAACCAUUGCUAUAACUCAUGACAGAGCAACUCUCCUUCGUGGUGGUUUGGCAACCUGGCAAGCCAAAAUGGCCCAGAGACGGGCACAGCAACAACAAGCUGCCGACGUGGACCGUAAGAAGAUUCUUCAAGACGCCUUGACCAGCUGGCGAUAUAAACUCCGCUCUCAAAUGGUCGAAGCAAAGGUCAAUGAAAGGGUCGCUCGAGAAGCAUUGCACAAGAUGGUACUUGCAGAGAGGUGUGCUCAUUUCCAGAAACAGCAGAAGCAAAAAGCCUUGAUGGCAAUUAUGCAAAAGUUGGCCGAGAAGAAACAGAAGGCGCUCGACGCUGCGGCAUACGAGCAGGAACAGAAGAAGAUGAAGAUGAAAGAGUCUUUGCGAGCUUGGGCUGAGAAGGCUAAGAAAGCGAAGGAGCUCAAACAGCAACAAGAAGCCGUUGCUGAAGGUAUUUUGCAACAGAAGGCUAAGGCUAGCGCCUUGAAAUUAUGGUAUGGACAGAUGGUCCAUCAACACGAGAUGGAGAAUACUGCUCUCUCCUACAUUCAACCUAAAGUCUUACAGGUCACGCUUACUAAGUGGCGCGAGCACACACAGGAGAACAUCCUCCAUCGAGAGAUGGAAAACAAAGCUCUUACUUUUUAUCAGCCACGACUAGUCCAGGAUACGCUUUCGAGAUGGCGAGAGCGUACACAGAAGCACCAGCAACAUCUUCAACAGCUUGAAACUUGGUCGAAUGAUGCAAGUUUCUAUUUCAGAGCCACCAGGACCCUGAAAAAAUGGAGAGAGGCUACCGAAGCUUCCAAACGAGAGAAGAGGAAGGUCGCUUACACGAAAGUCAGGCGAAUGAUCAAGAUCAAUCUCGCAAGAACUGUACUCCAAGGAUGGCGUGAAAAAGCGCAACAUAUAAUGGCGCUCAAGAAACAAGCGGAGGAAUUCAAUGCCAACAAACUGAUAGCUACUGGAAUCAAUAUCUUCGAAAAAUGGCGAAGCAAAGCCGAGGAAACUGCUGAGAUCCAAGAAAUCGCUCGCAAGCAUGUUUUGAAGAAGCAUAUGGACUCCUGGAAAGAGCGUAGAAUUAAAGACGCUCAGGUCGCGAAAAUGGAGGCUAUUGCUCGGGAACAUGUGCUCAAAAAACAUUUAGUUCUUUGGCAGCAUCGUAGAGCUAAAGAUGCUGAAGUCGCGGCUAUGGAAGAAGUGGCCAGAAAGCACACGCUCAGAAAAUUCUUUGAUAUCUGGAAGCAUCGACUUGAAGAUCAUCAAGCUCUCGAAGAGCAAGCGGUGAUGACGUAUCAAGAAAAUCGGCAGACCCAGGCUUUGAGGAAGUGGAAUAUGAGUGCUCUUCACAUACAAUCGCAAACAAAUUGGGCACAUGACGUCCGCGAGAAAACCGCGAAGAGGAAUUUUCGGAAGAUGUUUACACACUGGCGUCAAAGAGCAACCGAAAAUCGACCGCCUGAACCUCUGACCGCCGACCUUGAUGAUUUUGACGACCGUUUGGGUAGUACGACCAGAUCCCAGGCGUGGUACGCAGCGACACCGUCGAAGAGGAGGACGGCUUACUCCACAACACCUAAAGUAUUAUCGACGCCUAUGGAGAAGCAACUCCGGGCACAGUAUCAAAAAUAA